AUGGAGACCCAUCAUCCUGGAGCCUUCAUGUUGCCUCCUUAUUCUGAAAUUAAAGCUCCUGCUGGUUGCCAGUUUUCUGCCCACACAACUUUUCACAAGCUGAGUAGCACUGUCCUGGGAUGCCACCUCCCUUCCGGCACCCCACAUGGCAUCUCAGACAUUCUCAGCCGGCCACUGCCAACUCCACUAGGCAGCAUGUUGCAAACCUAUCCUACAGUGCCAGAAUAUGGAAGAGCAUCAGCUACCGGUGGCUGUUUUGCCGAGCAAGGGAGCAUUAUGACCAAAAGUGGAAGCCCCUAUAGCAAUCAGAACCAAGGCAACUGGACGGACAUUGGGCAGGAAUGGAGAACAAGCAACAGGACACUCAGCAAUGGACCCACAGGAAGCAUGGAUAUGUCCACAAGGAAAAAACACACCCGUCCUACUUUCACAGGCCACCAGAUCUUUGCUUUGGAGAAGACCUUUGAGCAAACAAAGUAUCUUGCAGGGCCAGAAAGGGCAAGACUGGCCUUUAGCCUUGGCAUGAGUGAGUCCCAAGUCAAGGUCUGGUUUCAAAACCGCCGCACUAAGUGGCGUAAGAAAAGCACUGUUGACCCCUCAUGCCCACCUUCCCUUGGUUCUCGGGCCCACGGGGACCUAACACCUUCUGAGAAUGAGGAUGAUGAGUAUACCAAACCCUUAGACCCUGACUCCGAUGAUGAGAAGAUCCGUCUGCUACUGAGGAAACACCGGGCAGCAUUCUCAGUCCUUAGUCUGGCCCCUCACAACCUGUGA